UUUCGUCACUAAGUUGGUUAGGGGAGCGGUAUAUGAAAACAGUACGGAAGAAAGCAGAAUUAUAUCCUUGAAGCGUGAAAGAGACAGACUGAUCAGGAGCGAGCUUCGGCACUAGCGUAUUGUGUUUGUUUACAAACAAAACACAGUAGACUUCCAAGAUGGCUGAAGAAUGGUUUUAGCAAGUUGGCCCACCUUAGGAUAUACUUCUACGCGCCUUGCUCCGAUCGAGUUAAACACGUUGUUGUGUUUCGUUAUCACCCGGAAUCAAAUUUGAUUAACAUUCGAAGUUAUGGCCAAAUUGUUGGCUUAUUACAGUUUAUGCCCGAUCAAUGAUGUGGGAGAAUUCCUUGGAUUGUCUCGUGAUGUCCAUGCUGGCUGCGUAAUCAACACUCUCGGACGGAAUAUUGUCCAAGUCGUUAAGCUAAGCAACCAGAAGCUGCAGCACAGUUGGACGUCGCUGGAGCGACUCACCAGCAAGGUUGUUUAUGAUUUUCGCUCCGAACGCUACGUUGGUGUUUUCGAUGGUCGAUACAUACGAUGCUGGGCAUCCGAUCAGGUCGACAUCAACAAGGUCAAGAAGGUGAAAUUCUUUCGCAAUAUAUUGGAACUGUUCACCCUCGAGAAUGGUCAGGUGCUGGUGCUGUAUGACGAUGGAUCCUGUGAAUCACUGGAGAGCGCUGUAGAUACUAGAAAUAAGGAUCGUAAAAAUCCUGACGAUGUAAUGAAAAAUUCGAAUGUUGAUCCUAAACGGCAGGCUAUUCAAGAAGUAAAAAUCACAUCAUUAGAGGAUGGUGAGAUAAUGCUGGUCUACUUUGUAAAGGAUAUCGAAAGUGGUACAAUCGAGUUGAACUACACACUCCUAACGAAGGACAGCCUUAUAUCUGACAAAGAAUUCCGAAAGAUUAAACUCGAACGAAUGCAGCAAAAUGUUCAACUAGUUGGGCAAUGUAUUGUAGAAGGCAGUGGAUAUCCUUCACUGAUCACAAUCUGGACCGAUAAGAGGAUUUUUUCACAAACACUCACAUAUGAAGUCGAUUCAUCGUUGGAACUGCAACCAAAAACGAUUGGAAAUUACAUCUCAAUUUUGAGCAUAAUAAAUGCCAAUGAACCGCUGUCUUUGAUUGGGAUUAGCAAGGAUUAUAUCGCAGUGUAUGCCAAUAAUUUGAACCAAGAAGGAGCCACUCUGCUACUGUACAAUGUACAAUUCAAAGCGGUACAGGCAAAGCAGUUCUUCAAAGUGUAUUUUAACAAGUCCCACUUCUGGAUGAGUGAGAACCAUAUAUUGCUGGCCUUCGGCCAGACACUGGCAGUAGUUCCAUUCGUGAUUAGCAAGGAGCAACUUUCCGAUAUGGUAGGAACUCAGAGGAGUUUUGAGCUACAAAACUACGUCGAUAACGAGAGCAUAAAUGAAGAUUUUGAUCUAAACGAAGGAUAUACGUUUGCUGGACAUUUGCAAUGGAUAAUGAAUGACGAAGAUUGCAAAUCGCAACAUCAAGAGCAGCGAAAGGCAUUUAAAAUUUUUGAAAACUUAGAAAAUUUCGAACAGACACUUCAAACAGUGUACAAAGAUGACAUCAAAGUUGAUGUUGCACCGGAUGACAAUCUACCCGAUGAUAUCAUCCAAAUGCGGCUGAUGAAUAACACAGACGAUUCCAUUGGACCCUUGAUUUUCUCCGAACAGUUUGAAAUAGUUGCAGGCGAGCUCGAGAAGCGAGGAUUUUGUGAAAUGGAAAUAACAAGUAAACUUCUGCCGCUUAUGAUUCAAGCGAAUGCCUCGUUGGACAUUGGCAGAUGCCUGAAAAGGUACAAUAAUAUCUCUGAACGAGCACUCGUGUCGGCAUUGAACUAUGCUCUUGGAUGCAUCAAUCAGCGAUCAUCCGUGACAAAAAUCCCGGAAAUCGGGGAACUACUCAAAAAGCAUCCCGAAACCGCUCUUCCGAUUUCUAAGCCAUCCGAGCAACUACCCAAUAUGAAUGUUCUCGCCGAGCACGAUGUUUCCGAUCGAUCGGCAAACGAUCUGGUGAACAUUGUCCUCGCGUGCAAUUUCAGCCGUCCAAUUAUUAUGCCUAUCGUUCGAAAAGAAAUCAACUUGAACAAUGUGCUCCGAUUACUCGAUCAUUUACUCAUCCUUCUCACAGAUCCGGUCGCUCGUCUCAGAAAGAUUCCUGCCAACAGUGACACCUUUGAUAGCGAUACUAAGGUAAUCGAGUGGGCCAAUCUUCUAAUUGACUCAAACUAUCAAAAGCUGAUUCUCUCACAUGAUAAAGCUGUGAAGGAAAGACUUAUCAACUGGAUGAACGUGAUCAAAAUUCACACGGAAAGUUUGAAGGAGCUGAAGGGUCUUGCACCAUCAAUCAAACGGUUGGUUGAAAGGAAAAAUGGAGGUAAUGAGAGGCAUUAUAAUCGGUGGUACAACAUUGAAACAGUACAAUUGUAUUGAAGCUAAAAGAUUAAUAAAAAUAUUCUUAGGA